AUGGCUCCAUCAGCAGUCUCACAAACUCCUCCUAAGGAUGUUCAACAAUCCGAUGAACUCUUAGCUGCCGCCGUCACCAAAAAGAUUGCAAUCACAGAAUUUGGUACUCUUCCUCAUCUAGAUGCAUCUUUACUUAAGGUCACCAAAACCACCACACCUAUGAAUGUUCCCGCUGCAGGCGAUCCAAUCAUCAAUACUGCCUCUCAAUGUACCGACCAUAUGAUCACAGCCGUUUGGAACAACAUGACGGGAUGGGGUGUACCAGAGUUAAAACCAUAUGGAAAUCUCUCUUUGGCUCCCACAGCUUCUGUUUUACAUUACGCAACUGAAUGUUUCGAGGGCAUGAAAAUGUACCGUGGAUUCGACGGAAAACUCAGAUUGUUUAGACCGGAUUGCAACUGUCAGCGAAUGCUCACUUCCGCUACCCGUAUUUCGUUGCCAGGAUUCGAUCCCAAGGAGUUGGAGAAACUCAUUGUUGCUUUGGUUUCUGUGGAUGGUCCUAAAUGGCUCCCAGAACCUGGCACUUUCCUCUACUUGCGACCCACUAUGAUUGGUAGCGCUGGAGCACUUGGUGUUGCUGCCCCUAAGGAAUGUACAAUGUUCAUCAUCUCCACCUUCAUGCCUUCAAUGGAUUCGCCCAAGGGAAUGAAGCUUCUUGCCAGUCAAGAAGGUGUUCGUGCCUGGCCUGGUGGAUUCGGUUUCGCAAAAGUAGGAGCCAACUAUGGACCUACUUUGAUGGCAAACUCGGAAGCUCGUGCCCGUGGCUAUGAUCAAGUUUUGUGGUUGCUCGAUGGAAUGGUUACCGAGGCUGGAGCCAGCAACUUUAUGGUUGUGUGGGAAACUAAGGAGGGUAAGAAACAGUUGAUUACCGCUCCUUUGAAGGACAAGAUCAUCUUGGAUGGUGUUACCAGAAGAAGUGUUUUGCAACUCAUCCGAGAACGUAUCCCCGAGCUUGAAAUCGUGGAGCGCAACUUCACCAUGGAUGAGCUUGCCGAGACCGCUAAAGAAGGUCGUGUCAUUGAAGCUUUCGCUUGUGGAACUGCAUACUUCGUCGUUCCCGUUGCACAAAUCAACUACAGAGAGAAGGAUAUCAAUAUCCCCAUGGUUGAGGGCAACAGCGGAGAAUAUGCUGCAAAGGUUAAGCAGUGGUUGGUCGACAUCAUGUACGGAAACGUAGAGCACGAAUGGGGUGUGGUCAUUGAUGAAGUUGGUGCAUGA